AUGCUAUGACUUUUGCAGAAGCAGAAUUACGUCAAUAUGUUUUAUCUGAGGAUGAAUGGGAAAAAAUAAAACUUCUUGUUGAAGUUUUAAUGCCUUUUAAAGAUGAAAACAAACGAAGAGACAAUAUGCCAGAAUGGCUUGUGCAGGGGUGCGAAGCUGCAAUUAAUAAGCUUUUAGGUUAUUGUCAUAAGACAAAUAUUUUACAUCUUUCGGCAGUUGUACUAGACCCACGGUUUAAAAUCAAAUACUUUGAAGAACUAAAGUGGUCAUCUCAACUUAUUACUCAAAUCAGGGAUAU